AUGGACACACAAACCAUUGUGAGGUUUGUCCCAAACGAAAGGUUAAUACUGAGGCUGCAUAAUUUUAUUGAGCAGGACAAAACUCAGUAUUAUGAGGAGAUUUUCGGAAAGUUCGCCGCUGGGAAAGUCAUUACAGUUGGGUUCGGCAGUUGUGAUAGUGUGAAGGAUGUGAUGGAGAAAAUUGAAGAUAUGGAAGGCAUCCCUUGUGUUCUUCAAAAAUUGAUGUUUUGUGGGAAGCAAUUGCACAAUACAUAUCGUAAACUGGUUGAUUACGACAUUAUGGGCGGCUCAGCCCUUGAACUUUCACUUAGCAUUAUUUUUGUUAAGCAGUUAAACGGUCCUCUUUCUCUUCUCCAAGUGGGCAGCUCAGACAGGCUUGGCAAUGUUAAGGUUAGGGUUAGCAGGGAAGGAGGGUUUGAUCCUGGCAGGAUGCAGAUAACGUAUCCCAGGGACCUUCGUUAUGAUGAUCUUUCCCUUGGAGAGUAUGGCAUUCACCAUUUUUCUACCAUUGAGUAUAAAAUUGGGGAUGAGAUUUAA